AUGACGCGAGGAAGGAAAAGAUCCUUUUCGCAUAUGGGAGAAUCAUACGCGAACCUAGGAAGGUCUCGGAGCUUCCGCACUGAGAUGCGAGAAGAACGAUCCGUUCCACGACCACGCCGGCGGCGACGAACGCCCUCUUCUAGGCCUCGAGGGCGAUCACCUCCCCGUAGGCCACGCAGACCCACACCCCCUCCUGCCCAACCUGCCUCACGGUCUCGACGGCAAUCACCUGGAUUCUCGCCAAGACGGACGUUCCGCCAAGUCCGACCUCGUAGACGCCGAAGUCCUACACCCCCCGGAGAGGGGCUCAUCUAUGCCGGACUUCCUUUCGACACCUCCCAUGAAGACAGGGAGGAGUACAGACCCGGCGGACUUCAUCCAGUCCAUAUUAGCGAUACCCUUGAUCAAGGUCGGUACGAGGUGUUCGAUAAGCUUGGCUACGGUGCACAUGCAACUGUUUGGCUUUGCAGAGACUGGGAAACUCGUAAAUGGCGUGCUGUGAAAAUCGUGAGGGCACGCGACUCCACGGAGGACCACCCUGAGCUCAAAGCAAUUCAUCUACUGGACGGAAUAUCCCGAGAAGAGCUGAAGCAACAACACAUAUUCUCCCCUUUGCGCCACUUCUGGAUCAGGGGACCUAACGGCCACCAUCUUAGCUUUGUGUCUGAGGUGCUCGCGCCACUCCUGCCGCUCUACGCAUUCGUACGGAAGCCUCAAGACAAGAUAGCAAGUUACUGCCUUCAGGUAUCAAGAGCUGUCCAGUUCCUACAUAAAAGAGGGAUAUGCCACGGAGAUAUUCGCAUGAGCAAUCUGGCAAUACAGCUAGAUGAAGGCAUUCAUGACAUAAGCGUCAGGGAACUUGGCCGGUACCUGAAGGAGCCUCACAGACACAGGUUGGACACAUUGUCGGGCCGUCCGCCCGGUCCGUGGGGCCCUGACUACCUUGUCCUGCGGAACUCCAUGCAACCGCUCGUGGAAAGAUUUGGAAAAGACAAGCUAGCGUUGAUAGACUUUGGGCUAUCGUAUGAAGCAUCUUCGCCCGUCAAAGGAUCCAACUUCUAUCGACAAAAUGCUGGCCCAGAAUACCUGUUUGGCACUGGUCCAGUGGGGUAUGAGUCGGAUACAUGGGCCCUUGCCUGUGUUAUUUGGAACAUAGCGGACGGCCGGGCGCUCGUCGAGGACACAGAAUCUUUCCAUCAAGUGGCGCAAACACUGGAAUGGCUUUUUGGGCCGCUGCCGGUCAUGUACAAGAAAGGUCUUGACGAGCACUUGCGAGAAGAGGCCGUGACAGACAGAGCUGGGGUACCUGGUGUUGCUGGUCCAAAGGAGGCCAUUUGUUACAACGCCGACCCACUGUGCGACCGUAACACCAUUGCCGACGGAGACCCCCUGAGCUUGCACUACAACCUUGAUGAAUAUAAAAAGAAGGUGGCCGAUCGCCAGCAAAAUCAUGGCUGGGAGAAUCCCGUCCAAGCCUAUUUUGGAAGCAUGCGACAGACGGAUUGGGAGUUCAUUGAUAGCCGUCUGAAGGCAAUCAACGAUGAGGAAGCAAACACUGACAAGCUAACUGAAAUCAAGUCCAAUACUUGUUCAUCAAGAAGCACUAGGAGGGCUCAGGCACCGUCCAGUCUCGAUUCUGGUCACUCCCAGACUGGCAGCAACCCUCAUGACUACCAGCCCCAAUUGGCAGCAGACAUCACGCACCAAGAGGGCGAAGAAUGCCUCGCCAACGAUGGAAAGCUAGAUGGCCAACAAACCAACCUAGAUACGGAAGAUGAGAUCUCGAGGGAGUCGCCAACGUACAGAGACGGCAUAGACAACGAGCUUGGAAAGCCAAAACUAGAGCAAACAACGUUCACUCAGGGCGCUGCGACCGGCAAGGCAAGGGCUUCUCAACGAAGUUCAGGCGUGAUACCCACCCAGAGAGAGCGGUUUCUUCAACAGAUACUCCCGUUCGAGCAAGGCAACUAUCCUAAUUCCGAGAACCCAUGCACUUGCUACUCAAGCGAUCCGUCAGAAUCAGACCAGGAUGGUUGUAAGGCGGGUAGUCAUUGGAAUACCAACCCGGAGCACGUUCGUAUGAUGCGAUGGAGUAAAGAAGAGGUGGUGUCGAUUUCUGAUCUGCUCUUGAAGAUGUUCAAGCUUGAUCCGAAGGAACGUGUAGGGAUCGAUGAGGUGGUGAGACAUCUAUAG